AUGGCCGUUGCCCUCGUCACAGCACAGGUGGUGGAGCUGUGGGAGGCUUUGCGCAAGUACAGAGAGAAGGUUCAAAUCUCCAAGAAGGACUACGCCAAAGAGGAGUUGCUUCAAAGCUUUCGAGCUCGAGACAGCACUCGCUACCUGGUGGCUCUUCAGUUGGCCAACGAUGCUGAGGUUGAGCCAGAAGAUAUCCCUUGUGUGUACAGCCUACAUCGUUUGUCCCAGACCUUCCAGGUUCCUGACAUUGAUGUGAAUGUCUUGAGCGUCAAGGCACAGCUGUGCUUUGUGUUGGACUAUACCAGCAGUAUGAAGACGCAGGUGGCUCAGGCAAAGACCAGUGUCGCCCGAAUGAUUGAGGCGGUGAGGAACGUGUACAUACCUUUGCUGCCCAACGCGUCGGUUGAUUUGGAGAUGACUGCGAUCGCGUACAACGACUGGGAUGAAGGCACAGCACGACUGGGCCGACCGGUGGUGGCUGCCUUUGGGGGCAAAGAGAUCAAACGAGCGCACGAUGGGAGCUUGACGCUGGAGGAUUUCAAUCUAGGCGGCAAGUUCACAAAGGAUGCUGAGGAGCUGGAAACCUGGCUGGAUCAGGGUCUCGGCCAUGGUGGUUUCAUCCCCGAGGAGCUCACAGGUGCACUGCUGGCGGCCUCCAACUUGGAGUGGACCGGGCAGCAGAGGUUCGCUGUGGUGAUCACCGAUGCACCAUGCCAUGGCAAGGACUACAGCAGUUGCGCCCACGAUGUCUUCUGUGAUCGAAGAAAUGGUCUUACCUGCACUGGUCGACCAGAAAUGCCUCUGAGAACUUUGAGAGAUCAGGGCGUGAAAGUCUUCAUUUUCCAUACAGGUGAAGCACAUGCCGUCAGCAUGUGUGAGAAGUUGCGGGAGUCGGAGCCUGAUUUGAUCCAUGAGAAGGUGGAUCCAUCUGAAACGGCCGACAGAUUGGUGUCAGUUCUCAAGGGGAAACUCCAGCUGCAGCCUCUGUGGUAUUUGCUGAAGCCUUUGACCUUGGGAGAAGCCGAGUCCACGUCUCCACUGGAUCUAGCUGUUGCACAUGAUGUGGAGCUGGAGGACACCAAUGGUAAGGAGAAACACAAGCUUGGAGUGGAUGGACUUCUGUUCGUGGGUCAAAGAACAACGAACCCAAAGGUUGCAGUACGACGACCUUUGGAGUCCAAAUUGGAUCCUUUGUUUGAAAGGACCAGUCAGCAAGUAGAGCUGGAUCGGCUGUACGACGCUGAGAGACGCUAUUUCUUGCAGAUGGCUCCGCUUCAGCCCAGCUGGUCUUAG